CAGGUCUAAAAUAGCAUUACGCCAAUCACUAGAGGGGCGGAGCCAUCCUGAUUUCCAGAUGUAUAAAAAAUGAAUGCUGGGCUUCAACUACUUCACGGAAACUCAAGCACAGCAAUGAUGGGGUUGUGGCAAGCUGGAUUUGGGUUAGUGCUGGUGAUUGUAUUUGGCUUGUCUGAUGCACAAUGGCGAGGAAGAUCAGCUCAAACACAGAAACCUAGUACAUUUAGGCCUUGGUCACAAAUGCAAGUUCCUCAGCAGAGUGAAUCCAGAAUGCCUCACUUUCCCCAAACCAACGACCCCAUGCUUGUACCACAGAGAUUUCCUUCUCAGUUUUCAAUGCAGACCCCUGGUGCGGUUGGUGGAAAUCUCGGUCAAGAUCCUCUUGGUGUUCAGUCGAAGCAGCUUAUGCAGGGUCCCAUGGUUAAACUGACGUGGACCUUUCCAAGCCUACCCGAAGAACCUGUACAGCCAGAGAUUCCUUUUGAGCUGCGGAACCCUUUGUCUCCCAAUAGUGUAGGGGCUCAGUGCGGGGAGAAUUCUGUGUAUGUUGAAGUGAUGGAGGACUUCUUUGGGACUGGACAACUACUAAUGGCUUCUGGAUUUGCACUGGGAGGCUGUGGACCAACCGGGCAGGACAAUAAUGCUAGAGUGCUUCUCUUUGAAUCAGAACUGCAUGGAUGUGGCAGCAUGUUAACGGUGACCGAAGAUGAGCUUGUUUAUACCUUCUCCCUGGUCUAUACUCCCCAAGAGUAUUCAAAUGGUGUUCCAAUUGUAAGGAGUAGUGGUGCUGUGGUCAGUAUUGAGUGUCACUAUCCAAGAAUGCAUAAUGUGAGCAGCAAUGUCCUGGUGCCCACUUGGGUACCAUAUGCAGCUACUAAGGUUGCAGUAGAGCGGUUGGUCUUUUCCCUCAAGCUUAUGACUGAUGAGUGGCUGUUUGAGAGGCCUUCAAACCAGUAUUUCCUGGGUGACAUUGUGAAUAUUGAGGCCUCUGUGAAGACUUACAACCAUGUACCUUUGCGUGUGUUUGUGGACCGUUGCGUAGCCACUGUGUCCCCUGAUGUGAACUCUGCUCCCAGAUACUCCUUCAUUGAGAAUAAUGGGUGCCUGGUUGAUGCAAAGUUCACCGGCUCAAGUUCUCGCUACCUGCCUCGCAGUCAAAUUGAUAAGGUGCAGUUUCAGCUGGAGGCUUUCAGGUUCCAGCAAGCGAACAGUGGGCUGGUCUACAUCACAUGCAUUUUGAAGGCGGUUCCUGUAGCCACUGCAACAAAUUCUGAGCAGAAGGCUUGCUCGUUUUCCCCUAAUGGGUGGGUGUCUGUGGAUGAAUCUGAUCAGGUGUGUGGCUGCUGUGACUCAACCUGUAGUGCAAGCGAUCAGGUUCAUGGAGACCUACGGUGGGAGCAAGCAUCUGUUGGGCCCCUGAAUGUGAAGGAAUUUGGCUAUGGGUCACUAAUUUGA